ACUUUUGAACAUAGAAUCAAAUCCCUACUAUUAUCUAAAUAAAACAGCUCCUUUUGUACUGUAAUUAUUGCAAAAAUCCUUGUACAAAAACUAUUGUUUUCUUGCUUUCCAAAUGAUGAUUCAGUGGUUGAUUUUGCUAGUGCAAAGGAAGAAUGUCGGGGUUAACUUGCAACGCAUGUAAGAAGGAAUUCAAUGAGGGUUCAAAAGAAAGGCUUCAUUACAGUAGUCCGAUUGGCACUGCUACGAUCUCAAAGUUUCAUUGCAUCCUCCUUCGUUGCUACUCUCUUAAAACUGUUCUCGAGCACCUUCACUGCAAUCUUGACUCCAUAGGGAAACUGCCCUCUAUAAACAACCCUAGAUGCUCCAGACCCGGACCUGAUAGAGUAAUUGCUGGUAAAGGCAAAGAGCUUCGGCACGUGCAACAACCUCCCAAACUUGAACUGCAUAUUGCGGCUGACUUGUCCGAGCAAGGACACAAACAAUUGCAACAAAUAUACAAUGACUAGAUGAUUCGUAAAAUCAAGCACAUUUCCUUGGAUUAAGCAACAUGCAUGUGUAAUACAGACUUUUCCUUACA